AUGUCCGAAUUCUCGUUGCAAUAUGUUCCGCAAAAGGCAGUAAAAGAACAGGCAAUAGCAGACUUUCUCGCUCAUCACCCACCCUCAGAGCUCACGGCGUUUCGCGAGUUGGAAUUCGCUACCGUGACACUCGCUCUAUGGACCUUGUACUUUGAUGGUUCGCGGACCGACACCGCAGCCGGAGCUGGGAUAGCCAUAACCAAUCCCGCCGGAGAUCGCUUCUCCUACUCGUUCCAGCUCGAUUUCAAAUGCCCCAACAACCAGGCUGAGUACGAGGCGCUGAUCAUCGGCCUAGAGAUUUUGUUGGAUUUAGGAGUCCGCGAGGUUCAGAUCUUUGGCGAUUCUUUGUUGGUCGUUAACCAGCUGGUGGAAAAGUUUAAGUGCUUAAGCUCGUCAAUUGAGCCAUACCUGCGCAAGACAUUUGAGGUGUUGGAUCGAUUUGACGACGUCUACAUCGAGCACAUACCACGCGAGUUCAAUUUCGCCGCCAAUGAGCUCGCCCAAGUAGCGUCCGGUCUCAGCCUGCGCGACGGCGUGCGCGAACGUUUGCUCAAAGUCGAACGCCGUACGCUUCCCUCUUUCAUCGCUAGGGGGCAAUUUCAGGCCGACACCCCCGAAGUUGCAGCCUUGGACCCUAUCGACGAGGAUUGA